CGAGCGAGCGAGACGGCGAGCGGGCGGGUGCGGGCCGCCAUGGACCACAAGCCCCUGCUGCAGGAGCGGCCGCCCACCUACGCCCUGGAGGCCGGCCAGGGGGACUACGCGUGCGGGCCGCCGGGCUACGGCGCCAUCCCCUCCGCGCCCCCGCCGCCGCCGCCGCCGCCCUACCCCUACCUCGUCGCAGGGAUCCCCACCACCCACCCCAGGGUCUACAACAUCCACAGUCGAGGGGUCACCCGCUAUCCCGCCAACUCCAUCGUGGUGGUCGGAGGCUGCCCGGUGUGCAGGGUUGGGGUCCUGGAGUACUGCUUCACCUUCCUGGGCAUCUUCUUGGCCAUCGUCCUGUUUCCCUUUGGGUUCAUCUGCUGCUUUGCCUUGAGGAAGCGAAGAUGCCCCAACUGCGGAGCCACCUUUACUUAAAGGGAAAAGCACAGCGGCUGGCUUUCCCACAUCAGCUCUUUUCUAUGUAAAUGUUGUGUACAAUAGUUUUGAUUAAGCUUCAGGACUGUUUUGUAAAGCGAGGCGGAACAGACUUGGCAUGUGCGAGCUGACAGCCGAGAUGGGGGGCAGAGAUUCUGCUCCCGAGGUUCAUGACAACUCAAAGCACUGCUUCUAUUUUUUGCAGUCUUCGAUUUGAGCACAGUGAGAUAUACUGUUUUAAAUAAAUAAGAUUCAUACCAUUGUUUA